CAAAAUGAUACUGUUGUACGCAUUUUCAUUUUAAAAAAUGGAGGCCAAUGGGGGCUAAAACCUAAUUUCAUACACUUUUCGAUUGGAAAGGCCCUAAUUUCAAUUGGAUUCUUAAUGAAAUUAUAGUUGGGAAGAACAAUUGUGGAAGGAAAAUGCUAUUUCUACCCCGAUCAUUUACUUGUAGCAAAACCCACCGUGGAAUGCCUUAGAAUCAGAAAGUAGAAACACGGAGCAUAUCAGCCGGACAUUGGUGGGCCACACCGAAAUCACAGCGCACCAGAAUUGCUAAAUAUUCAGACGAUAAUGAGAAAUGAGAAAAAGACUUUGGGUAAGAAGCUUAAAGAUUCGGAAAUUUGUGUCCCAAUUGUGUAUGGUAAAAUUGCGUUUUGGCUUGGCAAGAAAGCUAGCGAGUACCAGUCUCAUAAAUGGACAGUUUAUGUGCGUAGCCCUACAAAUGAGGACCUGGAAGUGGCGAUAAAGCAAGCUGUUUUCCUACUACUUUCAACGUUUAAUAAUCCCACGAGGGUUGUUGAAGGUCCUUUUGAAUUAUCGGAGUCUGGAUGGGGUGAAUUUGAAAUCGUCAUUACCCUUCAUUUCGACAGGGACAUUACUGUAAAGCCAUUGCACUUGUGGGCCUGCUCUCUUUGUCAUGCUUGUGUGAGGUAUCACCAUUUGAAGUUAUACCCUGAGGAGGACUCUGGUCCCAUGUCCAUGAAGAAGCCUGCUGUCAGGAAAUCCUAUGACGAAAUUGUGUUUUCUGAGCCUUCAGAGGGUUUCCUUGCACGCGUGCAGAAUCAACGUGCCGUUAUUAUGCCUAUAGACUACCCAGUGGCUUUGCGUUGCCUCCUUGAUAUUGACGGUGGGGAGAGGGGUGACACCAAAAAUAAUCCCCUAAUCCAGUGGUUCACCAAUUUCUCUGAGGCCUAUGAACUAUUAAAACUAGCUGCCACACGCCAGCAGGUGAAAGCUCAUAUUGCGAGACUCAGACGGCAGUUGAGUUUGAUAGACGGGCAGCAACAACUGAAAUCUCCAUCUGACACGAGGAGAAAAAUUGGCAGUCAGAUCGAUUCUUAUAUAUGAAGAUAUACUCCUUCAGUGCUUUGUAUAAUUUGUGGGAACUCUUAAACACUUUCUGACGUACUCUACUCCAUAUUUAUAGGCAUUAAUAUUCUGAUUUGAGGUUUUACUAA